GGAAUAGCUGUGAAAAUAAAAACACAUUCGGAUCUCGGUCAAAUAAUUUUGACUAGUGACUGGUAAAAAAUGCAGUAAGAAUAUAUCAAUAAAUAAGUGAAUUGGCUCAUUAAAAUAUCAUCUGGAAGACUGUUUGAUAUCAUUUUUUACGAAGUCUUAAAAACUGAACGUGUACGUUAUAAAAGAUUCAGAUACUAUAAAAGUUCCGUAUCUGUAUAACUUCUUGCAAAAGUGUGUGCCAUUUUGUCAUACACCCUUAGACAAAUAUUCAUCGCAGUUUACCUUUAAACAGUACUAUAUGCGUUUGUUUACAUAAAUCGGCCAUAGGAAAAUGGCUCUCCUGAAAACCACAGCAUUUAUCCUGCUAGCGGCACUUGCUUACAAAUUUUACCGAAACCAGAACAUUAAUAAACUUGCUGUAUUUGAGGGUGUUCCCGAUGAAGUGUAUGAUUACGUCAUCAUCGGCGGUGGUUCGGCAGGUUCCGUCAUUGCAGCAAGACUUUCCGAGGAUACUGAGUCUAAAGUGCUUCUUCUUGAAGCCGGUGGGCAUUAUGCAGAAAGUGAAACUUUUCAUAUUCCUUUGGUUUGGACAGUUUCUCAACAGACAGAGUACGAUUGGCAAUUUUACACAGAGCCACAAACUAAGUCACUUGUUGGCUUGAAGGACAACCGAGGGGUCUGGCCUAGGGGCAAAGUUCUUGGCGGAUCAAGCAUUCUGAAUGCGAUGCAAUAUACACGCGGUAGUCCUUUUGACUACAAUGAAUGGGCAGCUGCUGGGAAUGAGGGAUGGAGUUAUAAAGAUGUUCUACCAUACUUUCUAAAGGCAGAAGAUAUCCAAAUACCCGAGUUGGUGACGUCUAAGUACCAUAGCAAAGGUGGUCCUUUAGCGGUCUCGCAUGGAUAUUUGACACAAUUAACAGACGUGUUUCUGAGAGCGGGAAUAGAGCUGGGAUACAAUGUAACAGAUUAUAACGGAGAAGACCAAGAAGGUUUCAGCAUUGUGCAGAAGACGAUAAGAAACGGAGUUCGAAGUAGUACUAGCCUAGAAUAUUUAGGAAGGGCAAACGGACGCGACAAUUUACACAUCUCUCUGAGAAGUUUUGUUACCAAAAUUCAGAUUACAAAUAAACAUGCUGAAGGUGUUUUCUAUAUAAAAGACGGUAGGAAAAGAUACGUGAAAGCCAGAAAAGAAAUUAUUUUAUCAGCAGGAGCCAUUAACUCUCCUCAUCUGCUUAUGUUGUCUGGAGUCGGGCCUAAGGAACAUCUAGAUCAGAUGAAUAUUCCAUUGGUAGCCAAUCUACCAGUCGGCGAAAAUCUACAAGAUCACCAGAUGUUGCUGAUGUUCAGCGAUAUUAACAAACCUUCCAGUCUGACAGCUGAUGUAGUAACGAGUUGGUGGACAGCGCUCAGAUACUAUAUGUUUGGCGAUGGUCCUUUGUCAAUAUCCGGUUUAGACGUAUCAGCCUUUUUACAUCUGGACAAGACAAAACAAGGAAAGACAUUCCCCGAUAUUCAAAUGAUUUUCUUGAAUUUAUUUUUGCGGGAUAAUAUUUUUAACUUUAACGGCGACCUGGAAGAGCAGUUUUUGGAAAAGGAUGGAAGUAAACACGGUAUUACAUCUGUCAUUUGUACGACUCGUCCAAAGAGUAAAGGACGUAUAACUCUUAGAAGUACAGACCCUUUUGAUUACCCUAAAAUAGAUGCAGCUUAUCUGACUGACAAAGCCGAUGUUGAGACAUUUUUAGGCGGAAUACGAAUUUGGGAAAAACUAACACGAACGAAAGCUUUUCAGGAACUUGGUGUUGAUAUAAACAAGAUGGAAAAGAAAUUUUGCUCUGCUUAUAAAUUCCGCUCCGACGGGUAUUGGGAAUGUAUGGUUCGCCAUGUUGCUGUAACAGUAUACCACCCAUCGGGAACUUGUAAAAUGGGGUCGGUGAAUAAUCCAACAGCGGUUGUCGAUCCUGAACUUAGAGUCAAAGGUAUCAAAGGUUUGAGGGUAGUUGAUGCUUCCGUAUUCCCAAACGUUACCUCAGGAAAUCUUAAUGCACCUGUCAUAAUGGUAGCAGAGAAGGCAGCAGAUUUGCUUCGAGGAAAAGACACUGUGAAGAAAUUUAGACAAAAUUUACCAAAUCUGCGAAAACGAAGACAUUAAUAUAUAUUCUCCUAAUGUAUAUCUAUUAAAAAUGUUAUAACAGUUAAUUAAUUUGUAUAUGGAUUAGCUCAAACUUUGUGUUGUAUACGCAUGUAAGUGUCUGUACGCGAGAGGUUGUGUGAGCCAGAUGGGGAUUUGAUCAGUUUUCAUAUUGGCAUGGGCAUCUUGAUAUACAAUAGUCGUUUUGAUUCUUAUUUUCGUCAGUAGAAAAGUGCACAAGGCUCCCUCUCAAGAAAGGCAUAUAUUCAGUCACACGGGAAGUUUAUCCCGAAAAAUAAUUAUUAUCUGAGCAAUUCGUUUUCCACAAGUCCAAACGUAAAUGCUCUGUGAAAUAUAAAUCAUAAACAAGUCUACUGGAAAAUUACAAUAUACUGACCGCACACCGGUCUAAUAACUCGAAGAUGAUUUAAAACAUUGCAACUGGAAGAGGGAGCGGUAAAAAAAUUAUUUAUAAUAGUCAUAUGUUCCGGACUACAAACUACAAAUGGUGUAAAAACUGAUAAGGUAACCAUGAUAUUUAAACAAUAGACAGUAAUCAUAUAGAUUAAGUUCACAAUUUACUCUUAACGAGGUGUCUUUGCUUUGUUGCGAUUUAAAAUGAAUUCCAAGCCUAUCUUUUAUAUAUUGUUGAAAUUUAAUAUGACAUUUAUGUCUGUCUUUAUUAACUGUUGCAAUUUAAUAUCUCUCUUAUGCCUGAUUUUGUGCCCCCACUACGAUUGGUAGGUGCAUAUAGAUUUGGUCUUGUCCGUGCGUGCGUUAGUCCGAAAAAGUUUGUGACGCGCCUAGCUCAAAAUGUAUUUAAUAUAAAUUGAUUAAACCUUG